AUGUGGAGGCUGUCGACAGUGGCAUUGGCCUCUCUGGCCCUUCUUCCAUCUGUGCUGGGAACAGAUAUCUUAAAAACCAAUGGCUUCUCCGAUUGCAACAAUGGGACGUCGACAAUCAAGGUCAAUAAUGUGGACAUCUCCUUUGACCGGUCAACGAACAAGGUCAACUUUGAUGUCUCAGGUUCCAGCACAAAACAACAGUUUGUCACGGCCGAGCUGAUUGUGACCGCCUAUGGCAUUAACGUGUACAAUAACUCUUUUGACCCCUGUGCCGUUGACACCAAAGUCGAUCAGUUGUGUCCUGUACCCGCGGGGACAUUUGCGGCCAACGGAUCGCAAGUCAUUCCUUCAGAGUACACCUCGCUCAUUCCUUCCAUCGCCUAUUCUCUCCCGGACCUCGAUGGCACCGCUCAGAUGGUCCUCAAGGCCAAAGACGGGCAAGAGCUGGCUUGCAUUCAAUCUGGUGUUUCUAAUGGCAAGACCACGGAUGUACCCGCCGUCUCGUACGUCGCCGCGGCCAUUGCUGCCGGUGCUUUGGCCGUUUCACUGAUCGGCGCGGCUGCCUCUGGGGCGCAUCCCGGCACAACUUCAUCCAGUCCUGGCUUUUUUGAGGUCAUGUGGUGGUUCCAGGGGAUGGCAAUGAACGGCAUGCACUCGGUCAACUAUCCCGGGGUGUACCGCAGCUUUGCAAAGAACUUUGCUUUCAGCACUGGUCUCAUCUCCUGGGGUGGGCUGCAGAACUCAAUCGACUCCUUUCGAGCACACACUGGAGGCAAUUUGACCGAUAACAGCUAUGAUUACCUGAGAAACGCCACUCUGGUCUUCCCUGAUGGCUCUACCACGUCAACAACGACCGGCAUCGCAAAGCGAUCAGUUGCAUUGGCGCUUCGUCAAAUAACCACUUCCGUGAACGAUACCAGCGCGGACUCCGGCGAGAGCAAUUCCAAGGAAUCACACCUGGUCAAGGGAAUUCAGGGAUAUGUUGAGCAGCUCACGAUUCCCGAGGCCAACACGUUCAUGACGGUUCUCCUGAUCUUUGUAAUUGUGAUUGCUGCCAUUGUGGUUGGCAUUCUUCUUUUCAAGGUCAUUCUCGAGGCAUGGUCACUUUUCGGCAGAUUCCCCCAGUCUCUGGCCACUUUCCGCAAGGAAUAUUGGCGUAUCAUGGCUCAGACCAUCACCAACUUGGUUUUCCUGCUGUACGGCGUCUGGACCCUGUAUUGCAUAUACCAGUUCACCCAUGGUGACUCGUGGGCGGCAAAGCUUCUUGCGGGUCUCACUUUGGGCACGUUUACGGCCCUCCUGGCAUUCUACACCUGGAAGAUCUGGAGCGUGGUCCGAAAAUUAAAGAAAAUUGAAGGCGACGCAAGUGCCUUGUUCGAAAACAAGGAAACAUGGAAGAAGUACAAGCUUUUCUACGAAAACUACAAGAAGGGAUACUGGUGGCUCUUUGUCCCAGCCAUUGUCUACAUGUUUGCCAAAGGCUGUGUUCUGGCUGCGGGUGAUGGGCACGGCUUGUUUCAAACCAUUGGCCAAUUGGCCAUCGAAGCUCUCAUGCUCAUUCUGCUCCUAUGGAAUCGGCCGUACCAGCGCAAGUCGGGAAACUGGAUCAACAUCAUCAUUCAGGUCGUCCGUGUCAUGUCGGUGGUUUGUAUCUUGAUUUUUGUGGAAGAGCUUGGAAUCGCGCAAACCACCAAAACCAUCACCGGCGUCGUCUUGAUUGUGAUGCAGUCUGCUCUGACCGCCAUCCUUGCAUUCCUGAUUGUCAUCAAUAGCAUCAUCACCUGCUGCCGAGAGAAUCCUCAUCGGAAACGCCGCAAGGCUGCACAGAAGAACAUUUCCCAGGACCUCGAAGGCGAUGCUUUCCUCAUGCAGCCAAAGCCAUACAAUGGUUCCCCUGCCCGUCACAGUCGCAUGAUGUCCGAGUCUGGACAAAGCUAUGAACCCAUACGCGCUCAUGCUUACUCGCGUUUCGGACCCCGAGGAGAUGAAAGCGAAGAGACAUUGGUCAAGGGGGCCGCACGUAUGGGGGCAAGCAGCUACCGCAGCGUAAGCCAAGGGAGGAGCGACCACAAUGGAAGUCCUCCUCCUUUCUCGCGGGAACCGAGACUCCCUGAUCUUGCCUUUGAACAAUAUCGUCACAAAUAA